CUGAUCUUCUAUGAAUCAGACCUGACAGAGUGUGGCAUUAAUGUCAGAGAAGCCUCAGUGUACUCAGGAGUGUUAACACAGAUUUUUAAAGCGGAGAAAGGGCUGUACCAAGAUAGGGUGUUCUGCUUCAUUCAUCUGAGCAUUCAGGAGUUUCUAGCUGCGCUUCAUGCCCAUCUGACAUUCACCAACUCUAAUGUCAACCUGCUGGAAGAGGAACAAACAGUCUCAGUGCAUGUUUCUGAAAGCCACUUCUACCAGAGUGCAGUGAACAAGGCCUUACAGAGUCCAAAUGGACACUUGGAUUUGUUUCUUCGCUUCCUCCUUGGUCUUUCAAUGCCAUCCAACCAGAAACUCCUACAAGGCCUACUGACACCAACAGGAAGCAGUUCACAAACAAAUCAGAAAAUAAUCCAGUACACCAAGAAUCAGAUCAACCAGAAUCCCUCUCCAGAGAAAAGCAUCAAUCUCUUCCACUGUUUAAAUGAAUUGAAUGAUGACUCUAUAGUGAAGGAGAUCCAACGUCGCCUUAAUUCAGGAAAUCUUUUUAUGGUUAAUCUUUCCCAUGCUCAGUGGUCAGCUCUGGUCUUCAUCUUACUGUCAUCAGAAAAAAAUCUAAAUUUUAUUGACCUGAAAACAUACUCAGCUUCAGCAGAAGCUCUUCUGGGACUGCUGCCAGUGGUCAAAAUCUGCAAAAAAGCUCUGCUGAGUGGCUGUAACCUCACACAGACAAGUUGUGAAGCUCUGUCCUCAGUUCUCAGUGCUACGUCCUCUAGACUGAUAGAGCUGGACAUGAGUAACAACAAUUUGCAGGAUUUAGGAGUUAAGCGACUGUGUGCAGGACUCGGGAGUCCACAAUGUGCACUUCAAAUUCUCAGGCUGUCUGGCUGUCAGAUCACAGAGGAGGGCUGUGCUUCACUGGCUUCGGCUCUGAAGUCAAAUCCCUCACACCUGAGAGAGCUGGACCUGAGCUACAAUCAUCCAGGAGACUCAGGAAUAAAGCUGCUGUCUCCUCUACGGGAGGAUCCCUGCUGGAGACUGGACACCCUUAGAAUGGAUCCUCAUGGAGACCAGUGGAUGAAAACGGGUCUAAAGAAAUGUAAGUGUGUUUUAUGUUAGUUCCUACUGUCAUGUAACAAAUUCCUUUAUAUUUAAAUCCAAUUUGCUCCACUCCAGCUUAUAUAUUACAUGCAUCUCGUUCCUUUGUGUCUUGGAAGG